AUGAGCAUGCCCGUUGGGUCUCAAGGCGCACGACAGGCUAUCCACAGCAAUAAUGACCCUGAUGAUGCGCCGCUGAUUAGCGCAAUUGCUUCGCAGAGCCAAUACGAUACUUUUAAGACGACUGCAACCUCGUCUCGCAACACCAGCGGUCAGAUUGAGAGUACUGCGGACCCCGCAACUAUCAGACAAACCAGCGGCAACAUGGAUAAAAACGGCCUCGAUUACGGUGUCAACACCACUGUCUCCCAUGGCGCCGAGCUCGAAGCCUCCAGGAGCAGGCACCACGACCAUGAGGGUGAUUUCGUCACCGACCUCGAGAACAACAAUCUCGCUCGAGGCCUCCGCCAGCGCCACAUCCAGAUGAUCGCCAUCGCCGGCGCCAUAGGAACAGGUCUCUUCCUCGGACUCGGCGGCUCGAUCCAAACCGGCGGUCCUCUCGGCGCGCUCCUGGGCUAUGCAACCGUCGGGCUCAUCGUAUGCGCGGUGCAGUUUGCGCUGGGAGAGGUCGCGGCGCUGCUACCAGUUACUGGUUCGUUUGUCAGGCACGCCGAGUUCCUUGUCGAUCCAGCUUUUGGGUUUGCGGUUGGAUUGAACAUUGUAUAUGGCAACUUGCUGUCUGUCCCUGCGGAGAUCUCGGCUAUCUGCGUGCUGUUCCAGUACUGGACUGAUCUGAAUCCUGCCGUGUGGAUUUGCAUCUUCAUCGUCAUUACGUUUGCGGUCGGCAUCUCGUUCGUGGGCAUCUAUGGAGAGGUGGAAUUCUUCUUUGCCUGCUUAAAGAUCCUCCUCGUUGUUUUCUUGAUCAUCUUCGGGCUGGUCAUUGAUCUCGGAGGUAUCCCAGGACAAGAGCGUAUUGGGUUCAGAUACUGGAAGCAGCCAGGUCCGUUUGUGGAGUACAUUGCUUCCGGGCCCUGGGGUCAGUUUCUGGGCUACUGGGCGGUUAUGACAAACGCGGUUUUCAGCUUCGCGGGAGUCGAGAGCCUGGCAAUGGCAGCUGCUGAGACGCAGAACCCGCGUAGGAACAUUCCAAAGGCCUGUAAGAAGGUCUUCGCUCGCGUCCUAGUCUUUUACAUCCUAGCAGUCCUCAUCGUUGGUAUGAUUGUAGCUUCUGACGAUCCCCGCUUGAAUGAUGCCUCGGGCGACGCAACACAGAGCCCCUUCGUCAUUGUCGCCUCAGCCGCUGGAAUCAAAGCUAUCCCCUCCAUCGUCAACGCCGUAGUCAUCACCUCAGCAUGGUCCUCAUCCAACCAAGCUCUUCUAAGCGGGACACGCGUGCUGUACGGAUUGGCCAUCAAACGUCAAGUGCCGGCCGUCUUCCUCCGCACCACAGCCUGGGGGGUGCCGUACGUAUGCGUGUGCUUCAACACAUGCUUCAUGUUCCUCGCCUUCAUGGCGUUAUCCAACAGCGCCAUGGCUGUCUUCUGGUGGCUGGUCGAUCUAACCGCUGCGGGCGUCCUCGUAUCCUGGUCCUCGAUCCUGUUCAACCACAUCCGCCUUACCCAGGCCAUGAAGAAGCAGGGCAUCUCGCGCACCGAACUACCCUUCUACAAUACCUGGACACCCUACUCGUCGCCCGUCGCGCUGUUCAUGUGUCUCACCAUCCUGCUCACCGGCGGCUUCUCCGUCUUCACAAAGGGCGGGUGGUCGACGAGCAGCUUCGUGUCGUCUUACCUAGACAUUCCGCUUGUGAUUGCUGCUUUCUUACUGUGGAAGUUCAUCAAAGGAACCAAAGUGGUGGAUCUAGCUGAUGUGCCCAUCCGCGCGGCGCUUGAGGAAGUAAGGAAGAAUCCAGAGCCGCUGGAGCCCAAAUCUAGGGGGUGGAGACGCGUGGUGAACUUUUUGUGGGAUUGA